CUUCCUCGUUCUCUUCGUCUCUGAGUCACUGACUCAUGUACGCCCACACCUUGCCUCCGUCUCUCUCUGCUGCAGGAACGAACAUGGAGACCGCAGGCAAAGUGAUUAAGUGCAAGGCAGCGGUUGCUUGGGAACCUGGGAAGCCUCUCUCCAUGGAGGAGGUGGAGGUGGCUCCACCUAAGGCCCACGAAGUUCGCAUUAAGCUCUCUGCUACGGGGGUGUGUCAUACUGAUUCCUACACUCUGAGUGGCCAAGACCCUGAGGGGAUUUUCCCCGUUAUCUUGGGACACGAGGGUGCUGGGAUAGUCGAGAGCGUUGGCGAGGGAGUGACUAAAUUCAAGCCAGGUGACACCGUCAUCCCAUUGUAUGUGCCGCAGUGUGGCGAAUGCAAAUUCUGCAAAAAUCCCAAGACCAACCUCUGCCAGAAAAUUAGAGUGACCCAGGGCCGGGGCCUGCUCCCCGACCAGACCACGCGCUUCACCUGCAAGGGGAAGCCGGUGUUCCACUUCAUGGGGACCAGCACCUUCACCGAGUACACGGUCGUGGCCGACAUCUCGCUGGCCAAGGUCAACCCCAAGGCCGCCCUGGACAAAGUGUGCCUGCUCGGGUGUGGCAUUUCCACCGGUUACGGUGCUGCUCUCAACACUGCCAAGGUUGAGCCCGGUUCCACAUGUGCUGUUUUUGGACUCGGAGCUAUCGGCCUGGCUGCUAUUAUGGGCUGCCAGGUGGCCGGGGCCACCAGGAUCAUCGGCGUGGACCUCAACCCCGACAAGUUUGAGAAAGCCAGGGAAUUUGGAGCCACUGAGUUUGUGAACCCAAAGGACCACAGCAAACCCGUCCAGGAGGUUCUGGUGGAGCUGACCGACGGGGGGGUGGACUACUCAUUUGAGUGCACUGGAAAUGUCCAAGUCAUGAGAGCUGCUCUGGAGGCGUGCCACAAAGGCUGGGGUGAAAGUGUCAUCAUCGGCGUAGCUGCAGCCGGCCAGGAAAUCUCCACCAGACCCUUCCAGCUGGUGACGGGCCGAGUGUGGAAAGGCACCGCCUUCGGAGGCUGGAAAAGCGUGGAGAGCGUUCCCAAACUGGUGGAGGACUACAUGAGUAAAAAACUGAAGGUGGACGAGUUUGUGACUCACACGCUGCCCUUUGACAAGAUCCAUGAAGGAUUUGACCUCAUGCAUUCUGGAAAGAGUAUCCGUGCAGUGCUGACGUUCUGAAGUGCCUGAAACAGCAUCCGUCCCAUCUGACUUUCAAAUGUUCUCCUUUCAAAGCUGUAGCACUUACUUCACACUGCUUAACUUUCACAGUAUAAUUUCACUGUUAAGAAUAAAUGUUAAAAGCAGAA